CUGAGCUGCCACUUUAGAAAGCUCUCAUUCUCUCACUUGUGCAGCCAGAAACCUCUGAAGCCAAAAGUAAAAACGUUUGGUGACUCGUUAUUGUUCUGGAUGGCAGCUGUUUUCUGCAAGCAAAGGGGAGAUCAACAGGUGGAGGGAAUAAAGGUUAGAUUUUUGCAUUUUGUGGAUUUUCUUUAAAGUAUUUUUGCUUUGCCUAUUUUUGGUUUAUCUCUCAAAUAUUUUUUAAGAAGACUACACUGAACUACAACUGACAAUAGCACACCUCUGAGCAGGCUAUGAAUGUGCUGUCAAACCCAGUGAUCAGGGCGCAGGAGCAGUCUCUUCCUCUCUGUGGCCCCGGGUCUGUCCAGGACUUACCCCACUGCCCUCCUGGGUUCAACCUGAGCUCCCGCCUAAAUCCUUCGCCCAUGCUUGGCCUCCAGAGUGGCCAAAGACCAACCAAACCUCAGAGGGAGCUGAGCCCCGAGGAGCAGCAGGAGCUCAGGAGGAAGAUCAAUAGCAGGGAGAGGAAACGGAUGCAGGACUUGAACAUUGCCAUGGACGCCCUGAGGGAGGUCAUGGUGCCUUACGCCUCCUCGCCAUCUCCUGCCUCCUCCUCUCAGUCCCACCAGCCCGGAGCUCCUCCAGGCCGCAGGCUCUCCAAGAUCUCCACCCUGGUUCUGGCCAGGAACUACAUCCUCCUCCUCGGUUCGUCUCUGCAGGAGAUGCGACGGUUGCUGGGGGAGGUAAGUGUCGGGAUGGGGAUGAACACAGGACCGGUCCCCCGGCUGCUGCUUGCUGGUGGGUGGCCCCUCAUCUCUGGCCCCAGUCAGCUCCUCCUCACCCAGGAGUCCCUCCUCACCUCAGCAGCCUCCUCCUCUUCCUCCAGUUCAUCGUCCUCUGCUGCUAAAUGUCCCCUGUUGUCCCCGGGCCCCAUGGAGACCUCGCUGGCUCCUGUGCAGUGGAGCUCUACGGGGGCCUCCGGAGGGCCCCUGUGCCCCUGUGGAGUCUGCAGACUGCCCAGAUUUAGCCACUCUACUCCGGUUCCAAGAUUCCCAAAGUGACGUUGAAGUUUAAGAACGGACUUGAUGACUGACAUUUUUUAUAUAUAUAUAUGAAUUGCUAUUUUUCUAACAUCUUGUACAUGUUUUUAAUAAUUUACUGCAAUAACUCAAAAUUAUCUUUGAGCUUUUUAAACCUAACGGAUCCAUUCUGUAUCUGUAUUUGGUAAGCCAGUUUCUUUAUGAUGUAAAUAUAAUAAUCCCCUUUUGGUUUCAGAGAUAGGUUACAUUUUAUUACAUUUUAUUACAUUUUAUUACAUUUUAUUACAUUUCAUAAACAGAGAUAGAACUGACUACUUGUUCAUGAUUGUGUGUGUGGUGCGUUUGAAGCUUGUUGGGUGAAAGAUGGUCACAAUAUUAGGGGCCCACAGCUGGAGGGGGCCCCAAUCAAGAAC